UUUUUUCCCUUUCUCCUCCUCAACUAUCCUUCGAAUUAGGUAAACAACCAUUUCUCUCCUUUUCUUCUUCUCUUUCAAUCCCUUGAUUCUGAUUCUUCGCUAUUAGCUCUAACUUGUUAAUAAAUCAGUCAAUUGUCAAGAUGUCGAGCAUAGGGGAGGCGGAUUGUGCUGCUAGCACCCAAAGAACAGAGGUUGAGCUCAUGGAGAGUGAUACUAUGUCUGAGCCAGUAAAUGAGCUAUCCGAUGAAGAAGAUGAGCACCAUCGGGAAUAUGAAAGAAAGUCUUCAAAGAGCAGGGAGAAGGAAAGGGAGAAAGGGCGUGAUAAGGAAAGAGACCGGGACCGGGAUAGGGAUAGGGACAGAGGAAGGGAUAUGGACAUGGACAAGGACAAGGAGAGACAUAGAGAAAGGGAUAGGACUCGGGAUAGGGAUAGGGACAGAACUCGGGACAGGGAUAGGGAUGAAGGUCGUGACCGUGAUCGCCACCGAGACCGAGACCGAGACCACUACGGUGAACGGAGUGAGAGACGGGGGAGGGGCAGGGAUAGGGAUGAUGAUGACCAUCACCGAAGUCGAGACUAUGAGAGGCCCAAAGAUUAUGAAGGGGACAGAGAGCACAGACACAGUCACAGGUCUAAAUCUCGCUCCAGCGGUAGAUCAGAGCACAGAUCAAGAUCGCGUUCAAAAAGAGCUUUAUUAGUAAGUGUAAGUGGUUUAUACUUGCAGCAAAAGGAUAAGCGGUUUCGAUAUGGCACCUCCCGCUUCUGCAAUAUUAGCUGGUGCUGCAGCUGCAGCUGUUGCAGUGUGGAAAGUUCCUAUCAAAUGGCAUGGUGUCAUUUUGGUCAAAUCCCGGGGACCACCCCCCCAGCUAUUCCUGGAAUGUUUCCAAACAUGUUCCCUUUGCCAACUGGUCAGCAAUUUGGAGCUCUUCCUAUUAUGCCAGUCCAGGCAAUGACUCAGCAGGCUACUAGACAUGCUCGGCGCGUGUACGUUGGUGGGCUUCCUCCGAGUGCAAAUGAACAGUCUGUGGCAACCUUUUUCAGCCAUGUUAUGUCUGCAAUUGGAGGAAACACUGCUGGUCCAGGAGAUGCUGUUGUUAACGUCUAUAUAAACCACGAGAAGAAGUUUGCUUUUGUGGAGAUGAGAUCUGUAGAGGAAGCCAGCAAUGCCAUGGCCUUGGAUGGCAUUAUUUUUGAGGGAGCACCAGUUAAAGUGAGGAGACCUAGUGAUUAUAACCCCUCACUGGCUGCUACACUGGGGCCGAGCCAACCUAAUCCAAAUCUGAACCUGGGUGCUGUUGGGCUAACACCAGGAUCUGCCGGUGGGCUUGAGGGUCCUGACAGAAUUUUUGUGGGUGGGCUUCCUUAUUACUUCACUGAAGUACAGAUCAGGGAGCUCCUUGAAUCUUUUGGGCCCCUUCGGGGUUUUGAUCUUGUGAAGGACAGAGAAACCGGAAACUCCAAAGGCUAUGCAUUCUGUGUUUACCAGGACCUCGCAGUUACGGAUAUUGCUUGUGCGGCACUGAAUGGAAUAAAAAUGGGUGAUAAAACUCUUACUGUUAGGCGUGCUAACCAGGGCACUACCCAACCUAAACCUGAACAAGAGAAUGUACUGUUGCAUGCCCAACAACAAAUAGCAUUACAGAGGCUCAUGUUACAACCUACUGCAUUGGCCACUAAGGUUUUGUGCUUAACUCAAGUGGUCAAUGUUGAUGAGCUCAAAGAUGAUGAAGAUUAUGAAGACAUAAUAGAGGACAUGAGAACAGAAUGCGGAAAAUUUGGUACCUUGGUGAACGUGGUCAUUCCGCGCCCGAAUCCCAAUGGUGAACCAACUCCAGGGCUUGGGAAGGUGUUCUUAGAGUAUGUAGAUGUAGAUGGUGCCACCAAAGCUCGCCAAGGUUUGAACGGAAGGAAGUUUGGUGGGAAUCAAGUUGUGGCUGUUUUUUAUCCGGAGAACAAAUUCGCUGAGGCAGAUUAUGAUGGCUAAUUAUCUGCUUAUGCACCGGCAGCUAACUUUUUUAUGUUUAUUUGUUUCUCUAAGCUUUUUUAUAUGGGAUUGUUUUGCAGAGGAUUGUGUGCUCAUGACAGUUCGUAGUUCUACUUUGUUGUCUUAUUGUAGUUUUCGUUUCGGGGCACAAUUUACUCCCUAACCUAGAUUUCUAUGACUUGAUAUUUUGUACCAGGCCAAGAAUGAAAAGGAAAUAUUAGUUUUGGUGGACC